AGUCCAAACCUGGCUCCGUACCCAAAUACCCAGCGGGAUUUUUGGGGUUUACAAUAUUUAGUGUUUGGCGGCGAAUGAAGUAGAUUCUGCAGUGCCAAAAACCCGAGGGAGGUCGUCAAAUAGGAACUUCUUCCCCUCUGCCAUUCGACAUGAUGAACCGUAAACUGCUUCAUAGGUUACGCAACUUCAUAAACAUAAACAGAGAUCUCACCUCCCGUUUAUCUUCUUCACCCUUCUCCUUUCAUCGUAACCAGCAUCCAUUCCACCAUUUUCAAUUUACCCCACAACACCCCAUUUCAUCUUCUUCCGUAUUUCGUCAUCACUAUCUUAAUCUUUCUCCUAAAAUCGACCCAGAUUAUCACUUUUCUUUUGCAACUCGUUCCCAUUACUCCACCAUAGCCUCCGCUGAAGACUCCCGCCGUCAAAAUCCUAAAAAAUUAGCUGACUCAAAUGAAGAGGUGGAACCCAUUGACUUAUGGGAGGAAGAAGAUGAAACUGAGCCUGAGAUUGGAGAUGGUGGAGAUGGAGGUGGUGUUGUUUUACAAAAUUGCCCUUGGGGCGAGAAAGUUCUAUCUAUUGCUCAAGAUGUGUUGCUACAGUUUGGUGAUGAUAUAGAGAUCUUUGCUUUUAAAACCUCCCCUGGAGGAUACAUUUAUGUGAGACUAGAUAGACUCUGUAAUGAAUACGGGUGCCCGAGCAUGGAGGAUAUUCAAAGUUAUAGUCAAGAAUACAAGAAAAAACUAGACGAAGCUGGAGCUGUUGGAGACAUUCCCACUGACUUGGCUCUUGAGGUAUCAUCUCCUGGUGCAGAUCGGCUACUGAGAAUACCGGAUGAUUUACAACGUUUUCAAAACAUGGCUAUGAGAGUAAAGUAUGUUGAAAAUGAUGAUCCUAGAUCCCCAGGAAAGGAAGGAAUAUUCUUUUUGGAAUCCAUCGAAAUGGAAUCUGGAAGUUGUGUAUGGAGGUUGGCUGAUGUUAAAGAAAAUCGCGACCCGGCAUCUAAAGGAAGACCGAUGACCCGCAAACAAAAGGACUGGAGGCUUAAUCUGCCAUAUGAAAAGCUUGAGCAGGUGACUCUGUAUCUUGACUACCAAUAACAUGUAGUCUAGAGUUUUAUGUUUUUGUGGAAUUUUCGGAAGCUGAACUCUACAGAAUUGACGGAUCGACCCGUUACAAAACUGGUCUAUGCGUUAAGUCAGUUUUGGUUAUGGCAGUUGUAGUUCGCUGGUCGACACGAUGCAAUCUUGUUGGUUUAAAAGAAAGUUGAUUGCAUGCUUUAUGCGUUUUUUAAGUAAACAAAUGAUGAAACUUUAUCCA